AUGGCAAGUUCAAGCCCUGCAGUUAACAGAAGAUUGGAAGGAAAAGUGGCGUUGAUAACGGGAGGAGCUAGUGGAAUUGGCAAACGAACUGCAGAAAUAUUCGUCCAACACGGAGCCAAAGUAGUAAUAGCAGACAUCCAAGAUGAACUUGGAGAUUCAGUUGUUCAAUCCAUAGGACCAUCAACAUGUAUGUACGUACAUUGCGAUGUCACCGACGAGAAUCAAAUAAAAAACGCAGUGGAAACAACCGUACAAACAUACGGAAAACUCGACAUCAUGUUCAACAACGCCGGUAUAGGUGGCCCGAACAACUCUCGAAUCAUCGACAACGAUAAAGCAGAUUUCGAACGCGUAUUAAGCAUCAAUGUGACAGGUGUUUUCCUCGGCAUCAAGCACGCAGCCCAAGCUAUGAUCCCAUCUCGCGGAGGUAGCAUUAUAAGCACUUCUAGCAUAAGCUCUUAUGUUGGUGGUGCUGCCUCACAUGCUUAUUGUUGUGCAAAGCACGCCGUGGUUGGUUUAACUAAAAACGCAGCAGUUGAACUUGGACAAUUCGGGAUUAGAGUGAACUGUUUAUCUCCUUAUGCUUGUGCAACUCCUUUGGCAACACAGUUUGUUGGAUGUAAUGAAGGUGAGCUUGAAAGUGCCAUGAACUCGCUUGCUAAUCUUAAGGGAGUGACCUUUAAAACCGAUGAUGUGGCAAAUGCAGCACUUUAUUUUGCAAGUGAUGAUUCAAGGUAUGUGAGUGGCCAUAAUUUGCUCAUAGAUGGAGGAUUUAGCAUUGUUAAUCCAUCCUUUCACAUGUUUCAGUAUUCAGAGUCUUGA